CCACACUCAUAGUAGUAGUAACAGUCGCAUGCUAUCCACCUAACAAUCACGCGAUCAUUCGAAAAAUAGACGAAAAAUACCCGAAAAUGUAUCGAAUUUUUGUAUUACACCUAUUUUUCACAACGUGCUAUUGUGCAAGUUAUCAAAGAUACGGCGAUACCCAGUUUUCUACAUAUUCCACUUCCCCGAAUGUUUAUAGCCAAGAUCAAUUUCCGUACAAGACCAAUUUCGGUGGUGACAUCGCAUUGUCAGAGUCCAACAAAUAUCCGGACUUUAAAUCCGUGUAUUCUACCGGUAGUUCCAAUACUAAUUAUUAUCAACCGGGGUAUAGUACACCGAACUACGGUCGGGGUUACGGGUACGGGAGGCAGUAUGGUCAAGGUGUUAACACAUAUGAAGUGCCGUUUGCGGGUUACAACCCAGAUUACUGUGUGAACCGUUCUCCUCAGCAAGGGAUAUCUGUUAGCGAACUGGGUGGUAUGUGGUAUGGCGUGGAAAUCAUCCAACACUUAUCCGGAGAUCCUGGAGUCGAUUAUGUGAAGCGAUGCAUCGGAAUACACAUCUCGGAGCCUCAAGAUAAGCCUUCUACAGAGAACCAGCUGUACCACGUGCAGAGUAUACUAGCAAAGUUCAACCAGCAACACCGACACCUGCGCCUGCUGUGGGACGAGAACGGACAGAAGACGGAGUACUCGCUGUUCUUCCGCAACGAAUCCGCCGGCUACUGGGAGACGUUUGAUAAACAAAAUGGUUCCAUAGCGAUGCGUCUACAGUACCAACAGUUUACCGGCACGGUGCAAGUGUUAAAAGCUGUGAAAGACCAUCUAGUCCUCAACUUCUGCCAGGCCGCCACAAACGGGAUGCCCGCCCAGCUUUAUUCAGUACUUUUCUCCAGAGAGCCUGGCCCCAUGCCCCAAUGGGCUAUCAACGCAGUCCAUAGCUUACUUCAAAACAAAAAUUUGUCUAUAGCUUCACGAAGAAUGGUUUGCACGAACGGCGCGGGUCAGCCAAUGUUGAGUCUGAUCUUCGUACUGUUUUCAUGUUUAUUAGUGUAUGCCAGUUUGUCGUAAUCAAACAGCAUAUAAGUUAUUUACUUAACAAAUGAGACUAAAGCGAUAUAUAAUUUUUGGAUCAUUAUUUAUUUAAUAUAAUUAGUUUUACUGUACCAAAAGUUUUUUUUAGAUAGCAUGGGUACGGUGACAGUCACCUGUAUGACGUUCAUAAUACGUACUAUUAUUAUGAAUCGCGGCCAACUUUCAAGAGUGAAAUAAACUGUCACCCGCACCAUCCUACAUGAAACGAACUGUACCCACUGUUAUAUUUUAAUUGGAUGUUCUCAGACAUCUUAUCAGACAAGCAUAUCUAUUCAAUAUUUAAUACAUUUUAAUACAUUUAAUAAAAUAAAAUAUUUUAUUUUUUUAUUUAUUUUAUAAUACAUUCAAUAUUUCAUUAAUUGUAUUUAAUACAUUUACAUUCAAUUGUUUUUUAUUAUUUGCUAAUUGAUUCAGUAAACCUCCUUCCAUUUUAGAUUAAAUUUAUUGUAAUCCUUCAUUACGAUCAUUUUAAUUGUUUCAGUAUUUUGAUUCGUUGGGUGUCUACAUUUUUAAGUUUAAAAGUUCACUGCAUUGCAAAGAAAAUAGGAAUAUAUUAUCAACUAUGCGUUGGCGUAUCUAUUAUUUCCUAGGUCCUGGCUUCCGACAUCAAGUCUAUUAUAAUUAUCAUAAUAGAAUUGCCAUAUCGGUAGUCCAGAAUCCUAGGGUGGGUACAGGUCUAUUCUAGGGUGGGCACGACCCCCCUCUCCCCUCCUAUAUAUACGCCUAUGCAACUAUGUAACCCUAACAACUAAAUUGUUAAAGUUAAUGUUGAGCUAUAAAGCAACAAACGAACGAAAAUUGAAUUUCAUUUUUCACUUUUUACACGAGUAGAUUUUCACUCUUAUCUAAGAGUAGGUAUUAUUUUCAGUAACAGGAAAACUGGCACAAAAGACUAAGCGAUAGUGCCAUAUUGUAUUCUACUUAUUAGUACUAUUUAUCUCUGUUCGGUCUAAGCUUAUUGUAGUAUACAAAUAAGGUAUACGAAUACAGCUAAUUUGAUUAGACUAAUUUGUAAGACCUGACUUACAAAUUACCUAUUAUAGAUAUCCCUGGCGCAGUUAUUAGAUAUUCGUACAUAAUAAUAUUGAAAUAUAAUUCGUACAUAAUAAUAUUGAAAUAUGCUGUCAGGAUAUAAAUAUAACGCUGUUUAUAGCUAUUGUUAUGCUAGGCUACAUAAUUAUUGUUUGCCUAGACGUGUGUUAGAAUAUCAAUUAAGUGCCAUAACGAAGGUUUUGAAAAGUCCCACUAAGAUAAUGAGUUGAAAUAAAAUUUUCAAAUCUUGGUGAGCUUUAUCUAAAAUACUUUCAAAUUGUGACUUCACUUUUCAAAAUUGUUACACACAAAAAAAAAAACAAAAAACAAAUACAAAGAAAGUCUUCUCAAAAUAUGUUACAUAUCGUGCGAUUAAUGAUUUAUAUAAAUAAACAAAAUAUUAAUUAUUUUAUUUGUACCAAUUUGUAAAAGGAGAAUGUUAUAUUAUAAUUUUAGAAACGCUAAUAGUUAUUUUGGUAGCGCCUUCAAAACUAUCGGUAAAGCUCGUAUUAUUCCUUUGUAGUUUAACAGGGUUCUUAAAGUCGGUUGCAUUUAUUUUCAAGGUUUUAUUACAUUGGAAUUUUGGAAAUUGCUAAGUACCUAUUACGUUAAUUAUCAUCUUCACAUAUAUGUGUAUAACACCAACAUAUAUUUAAUAUACCUAAGUCUGAUAAGGUAUACUUGUUUUAACACAUUGGCAUAUAUGGAUUUAAGGUUAUUUACUAUAGUGACCAUACAAUGUCAAUGUUAUGAAUUAUGAUUUCGUUUGAUAAUAGCACAUAUAUGUCAAGGGUAUGUAGAUUACCUAGCUACCUUCAUUUUUAUAUGUAAAGACAUGCAUGCAAUAUUUAUGUUAAUAUUUAGUGAUGUAAGACACUGAUGUCCAUUUUACAAUAUAGUUAUUUUUUAAAAAUAUAUUUAAGUAGGUAGAUAUCUAAGUAUUACAAUAUUAACUAAGUUUAAAUCAUACUUUAGGGAUGCACUGAUAGUCUACAUAGUUAUUUACUGUAAAAAGAGACAAUUUUAAUAAGUAUUUAAUAAGAAAAAAAAAUUAUUAUUAAUAUAUUUUUUUAUAUACUACGCAAUGAAUUGAAUAAAAUUUUACAGCACUC